AAUCUUACUGUUCAAAUGGAAAAUGCUUCUUCUUCUAGCACAAAACUGGGUACAACUUUAGCAAAAGAAGUGUUAAAGAGUGGUGCUAGGAAAAAGAACCUUCAAGUCUCUGCUGCUACUUCCAAUCUGCAGCGGUCUCAGACGGGUCGUUUCCUAGGUUUUGUUGAUCUCGUCUUAUUAGGUGUGGGUGGUACUGUUGGAGCUGGUGUGUUUCUUCUGACGGGUAUUGCAGCAGCGAGAGACGCUGGUCCAAGCAUCGUACUUUCUUUUGCUCUUGCUGCUUUUGUUUGUGCCCUUUCUGCUUUUUCUUAUGCCGAGAUGGCUUCAAGAUUACCCAGUUGUGGCAGUGCAUACGCUUUCGCAUAUUCUACCAUUGGAGAACUUUUCGCUUUUCUUGUUGGUUGGUGUCUAACUUUGGAAUACGGAAUAUCAGCAGCUGCUGUGGCUAGAAGUUGGGCUGCACACGUUAGCGAAGCUGCUCAACUUCCAAAGUUUCUCCACAACAGCUCAGGUCUCAGUAUACUUGGCUUCAUUUUGGUAAUAGCUUUGACUCUUAUUCUUUGCUCCGGUAUGAGAGAAGCAAAGUGGAUUAUCGACUCGGCAGCCAUCUUGUAUGCUUUGGUCCUCUCUGCCAUACUUGUAAGGGGACUGUUUUUAAUCAACCCUACUAAUUGGAUUCCUUUUGCGCCAUAUGGGUUUUCAGGUGUUGUUGCUGGAGCUUCUACUGUGUUUUUUGCUUUUGUUGGUUUUGAUCAAGUUGCCGCUGUGGCAGAAGAAGCCCACAAUCCUUCACAAACUGUUCCAAAAGCAAUUUUGACUUGUUUACUUAUUGUAUUCACCAUAUAUGCUGCUGCCGCUCUUGUUCUUACUGGAAUAGUUUCAUAUACAACUCUAGAUACACAAGCUCCGUUUAUCGCAGCAUUCAAGGAACGUGGCUUGGCUGUCUUUGGUCGUCUUGCAGCCAUAGCAACUGCAUUGGGUAUGCAGAACACUGCAAUGGUGGCUUUAGCAGCACAGCCAAGAAUAUUUUUUGCUAUGGCUAGAGAUGGAUUGCUCCCCGAGUUGUUUGGAGAAGUAUCAGGACCAGGUUCAGCACCAAGAGCAUCUUCUUUACUAUGUGGUUUUGGAGUGGCUAUAUUGGCAUUGUUGGUUCCUUUGCAAACGCUGACAGACCUGGUUUCCGGAGGAACUAUUCUUGCUCUACUUUCGACAAAUGUUGCAGUUUUAUAUCUACGUUUGCAAAUAUCAGGACAUGAGGGAGAUUCCAAAAUACUGCUGAUUCUCUUUGUAUCCUCAUGUGCCGUUGCCUCGUGGUUAUCACGUGUUAUGCCAUAUAGGAUUGUUGGAGUCAUUAUAACGCUUUCUAUUGUAAGUUUUCCUUUUUUCCUUUUGAUGAGAAUGCCCUUUACAGACGAGUCCAAUCCACCCUCAUUCAGGAGUCCUGGAGUUCCUUUUGUUCAAGCUUGUGGCAUAUUUUUCAAUUUGUUUUUGUUCUUCAGAUUACACACUGCUGCUCUUUCCAUGCUUGCCGUGUGGUUAGUGAUUGGUUUCACUUUUUAUGUUGCAUAUGGUAUCCGUCAUAGUCUGGGAAGUGCAUGGGAGCGUGUAGAUAGUGUUGCCUUUGCACAAAGGCAACCUCAUCUGACAUUUAAUCUACGUUCGAGUUUCGACAGUCUUGGAGAGGAAGCAUCAACAAGUGAAUGGUUCCAAGCAAGUGAUGUAACGACGGAGUAAAAUAUUCGUAGUGUAAAUCUAUUGGAA